ACACAGUCGAGGACGCUACAUUCCUUGACGCUUGUGUUUUGUUUUAAAAAAAAAGAUUAAAAAACAUGUUUUUAAAAAGUAAAAAUAGCGUGUUAAGUUUCUAAGUUUGCGUCGAUUUUAAGUUAAAUUUCUAAUUUUUUAAAAACAUAUCUACGCAUAAUGAAGUGUCAAAAAUGUGUUUAUCUUUUUUUUGACGUGACUUGUUGAUUUGUCUCGGACAUUUGCUAUUUACUAUUUACUUGGCCGGACAAAUGAAAUGUAAUGCACUGUAAACUCUCACAUUUUUUUUUAUUAAGAGUGUUGGGACCCUAGCCAGUUUUAAUCCGUUACCUUUCUGCCAAAAAACUUGAUAUAUGUGACAAAAAUAAUAAUUUCGAUCACCGAAUGGUGUAUCUACACUUACGCCAUCUGUUGACGUCGAAACGAAUAUCGCGAGGGUCCCAAUACCCUUAAACUAUUUUGACUUGAGUAAAUCACGCGUCAGUUUCAUUGAAAAGAAGUUCAGUGUCUCCGACUAGUAUUUAAAGACUAUUUUCGACAUUUAUAGUGCUGACAAUAAAUAGUGUUGACUAAGAAACAUCUGUGUUGACUUAUAAGUUAUAACAUAUAAAAUGAACACACCGGAGCGGCGCGGGAGUCGCAGUAGAGCGCUGGAGAGAUCCUACAGUUACUCUGAAGCUAUUGGGAACGAUUCUCGACGGUCUUCUAUACAGAUUCCAAGCAUAAAAAACACAGAUGUAUACGCAAAUGAGGAGCUCAAGAAACAGUACAGGAUAUCGCAAACAUACGUUGAAGGGAAAGAGAUAUCCUUUCCAUACAACAUUACCAAUGUGGACACCAGAGAAACCAUACCAUCCAGUGGGGAUGGGCUUAUGACAGACUCCCAAUACUCCAGUGAAGAUGACACCACGGAUCAUGGGCUUAGAAUGACUAUAGAUGUUGAACCAGAACUGACAGCAACCAGCAGUCCACGAACGGAACAGAAGUAUUCAGAUCUGUCGACGGCAUUCGUAACCAGUUCCAUGAGGAGUACGGAAAUCUACGACAGAAUAGACGUGGUGGACAGUAACAGCAUAUAUGAAGACCCUGAUACCCUCGGGCCAUCAGCUGCUGGAUACAGCACCCCGUACAGCAGGAGGAAGAAAAAGGGGACUGUUCACAGGCGUCGCCAUGGCCGUCGUCUCCGCUCGCGGCGCGUGGUCAACAAGAAUGGUGAAGAGAACGUGCCGAUAAGGAGCAACAUACCCGCCAAGAGCAUGAAGUAUAUGAGGGAUAUAGUCAACACUGUGAUCAAUAGCAAAUGGCGAUUCAUAAUCGUAAUGAUGGUAAUCUGCCACUUCGUCUUCUGGCUGACCUUCGCGACGAUCUGGUACAUAGUGUCGCAGUCGUAUGCAGAUGACAUAGGUGAUGGAAGACAGCACUGUGUCAAUGGCACAUCCACCUUCGCAGGUCUUUUGAUGAUGUCUGUUGAGACGCAGAUGACGAUUGGCUACGGAGUCAGAUUCCCGAACGAGGAAUGUCCAGAAGCCAUCAUUGUUAUGGUCAUUGAGAUAGUAGCAGGUACUGCCAUGUCCGGCGGUCUCUCCAGUUUGUUGUUCACCAAGCUGGUGCGACCCAAUCGACACGUUUCCUCUGUUGGAUUCAGCAAGAAAGCUAUCGUCUGUCUUCGCGACGGCGAGCUGGUGCUACAGUUCAGAGUGUGGGAUCUGCUCAACCUUCACAUCAUCAGCACCAACAUUACAGCGUACAUGCUCAAACCCAUCAGAACCCUGGAAGGUGAGCUUGUCCACAACUACAUCCACCCGCUGAAGCUGAAGCAAGCCACCGCCUUCCUUCUGUGGCCUAUCACCGUCUGGCAUGUCAUUGACACGGAGAGCCCUCUGUAUGACUUCUCUGCCCAGGAUAUGAUGGACUACAGAUUCGAGAUAGUGGUCUGCUUAACAGGCUCAUCCAAGAGCAUGGGCACCGUCACUCAAUCGCGCACCUCAUACCUCUCCAAGGAGAUCAGCUGGGGGUACCGGUUCAAGAAUGUUUUACACUACUCCAAAAGCAAGGAAUCCUACGUAAUCGACAUUGACAACCUAAACACCGUUGAGCAAGUUGACACCCCUCUCUGCAGCGCCAGCCGGCUAAAGGGCUUCGAGAUAGACUUCAAGUCCUCGAGAAAUAUCCUGUCCACUCCCAAUAUAUCCUUGACCAAUGUGUCUCUAAGCCAGGAGGAUUCGCUGUCCCAAGCCGACGACUCAAUCCCCUCAUCGUCCAGCCUAAACAGGCACGGGACGCAGAGGAGUUUCGGAUGGAACUUCAGACGGUUCCAGCCUGAGAAGUAUGUUGGGAAGACUGUUAGUGAAGUCAGUCAAUGAGGAAGGAGAGGCUGGCAAGAAAAGCAGACCAUCCCUUGUUCAUAUUAAACGGAUCGCCCUUUGAUCACGUGAGGUUUUUUAGCAAGUUUGACUCCAAUAUUUUUAGGUAGGAACUCAAAUUGUAGUAGUUGGCUAGUAGCGUUCUAGCCGGUUUAAAGUCGAUAAUUUCGAUUUAAAAAUAAAUACAAGAUUUCUAUCUAGACCCUCCCCGUCCUUUUAGUGAUGGUUCGUGAUGUUUUUUCAGAAGCCCCGUUUAAUUUUAUUAAUUGUUUUAGCUAUAAGGGACUUCUGCAUUGUAAUGUCGUGAAAUGUAAAUUAAAUAUUUAAAUUAUAUCUGUUGAGAAUUUAUGUAAGAUCUUAAGUGUAAUAAUAUUAACGUAUUAAAUUUUUUUUGAAUGUAAUAA